AUGCCACUUUUUGAUCUUUACAGUUUAGUUAAGGUGAGGACCAGAGGAGGAAAAUCUGACGGUGGUGAUUAUUCGCGAGUUCGGCCUCCUAGGCAAUCAAAUAGGAGAGCUGUUGUUGAAAAAAGGAGAAAGAGAAAUGAGGAAAGGCAGGCGCCCCAGGACGAGCAGCCCCAGGAUGAGCAGCCCCAGCACGAUCAUGUGUUUUAUGAUGAAUAUGACCAGCAACAACAACAUUUUGAUGAUGAACAUGGUCAGCAGCACCAGCCUGAUGAACCCAUGUUUCCUGGAGGUCCUUGUGAUCUUUCUGUCCUUACAGAUUAUGAGAAUCAUAUUGCAAUUAAUGUGUGGAAUGGACAGGAAAGACGUGCCUUGAAAGUUGUUUUCAAUGGUAAAAAGCAAGACAAAUUUAUUGAUAUUAGAUAUCAUUUACCUGCUCAAAUAGAUCAUUGGAUUAAUAUAUCUGGAUUACGUCCUCUGAGAAGAUGUAGUUUGCAUAUGAUUGAUGGUAAUAUGAUAUCUGCUUUUGCUGAGAGAUGACACGCAGAGACUAGUUCAUUUCACCUGCCAUUCGGUGAAAUGACUAUUACUCUUGACGACGUCAGGGGUCUUUUGAGCAUCC